GGAGUUCGGGUGUGGGCUAAGGUCGGUGAAAUGGGGAGAGGCUCCCUUCUCCCCAACCCUCCACAGCCUGUGAGAAAAGCAUCCAGCCACCAGCUUAGUGUAGUAAAUAUUGGGCAUAGGUGCGGUGUGAAAACUGGACUGGGGCCAGAGAGGAUGGUUCCUUUUUCUAGGAAUGUACGCAUUUUUAGAGUGUUCGGGAAGACUUGAAAUGCAAAGAAAUUGGUUAAAGCAUUCUGAGAAUAGAUCUGACUGUCGUGCUUCGUACAGCCCAAAGCCAGGAGUGUUAACACAACUGAGGUUCUGAGUGAAAACCUGCCACCUUGGACAACUGAUUUGAACAUAAAAGGCAAAAAGGACGGCAGGAAAGCUGAAUGAAAGAUGAAUGGAAGAAGGUGAUGGUCGGAAAAGCCUAGGUUCUGUUCAUGUGAAUGGCACAAUCAGAGGAAAAAGGGGGUGUCCCCUGUUCCUUCAUCCGACAGAAUUCCGGCAACUCCAUUUCCUUGGACUUCGAGCCUGACACAGAGUACCAAUUCGUAGAGCAGCUGGAAGACCGCUACAGAUGUGCCUUCUGCCACUCAGUGCUUCACAACCCCCACCAGACAGGCUGUGGGCACCGUUUCUGCCAGCACUGCAUCCUGUCUCUGAGAGAACUGAACGCAGUGCCGAUCUGCCCCGUAGACAAGGAGGUCAUCAAACCCCAGGAGGUGUUCAAAGACAACUGCUGCAAAAGAGAGGUCCUCAAUUUAUACGUCUACUGCAAAAACGCCCCCGGAUGCAACGCCAGGAUCAUUCUGGGACGAUUCCAGGACCAUCUUCAGCACUGCUCCUUCCAAACCAUGCCCUGCCCUAACGAGAGCUGCCGGGAAGCCAUGCUCCGGAAAGACGUGAAGGAGCAUCUGAGCGCGUACUGCCAGUUCCGAGAGGAGAAGUGCUUUUACUGCAAAAGGGACGUGGUGGUCACCAACUUGCAGGAUCAUGAGGAAAACGUGUGUCCUGCGUACCCGGUGUCUUGUCCUAACAAGUGUCUGAGGACUAUUCCAAGAACCGAGGUGAACGAACACCUCACUGUGUGUCCUGAGGCGGAGCAAGACUGUCCCUUUAAGCACUACGGCUGUACUGUCAAGGGCAAGAGGGGGAACUUGCAGGAGCAUGAGCAGGCAGCCCUGCGGGACCACAUGCUUCUGGUUUUAGAGAAGAACUUCCGACUAGAACAGCAGAUCUCUGAAUUAUAUCAGAGUCUCGAACAGAAAGAAAGCAAGAUCCAGCAGCUGGCGGACACCGUGAAGAAGUUUGAAAAGGAGUUUAAGCAGUUUACACAGAUGUUUGGCAGAAAUGGAAGUUUCCUCUCAAACGUCCAGACUCUGACCAGUCACAUCGACAAGUCGGCCUGGCUGGAGGCACAGGUGCGGCAGCUGCUACAAACAGUCAACCAGCAGCAAAGCAGGUCUGACCUGCGGUCUCUGGUGGAAGCCAUCGACAGCGUGAAGCAGAAGAUUAGCCUGCUGGAAACCAGUGACCAGAGAUUAGUUGUUCUGGAGGGGGAGACCAGCAAGCAUGACGCACACAUUAAUAUCCACAAGGCACAGCUGAAUAAGAAUGAAGAACGAUUUAAGCUGCUGGAGGGCGCCUGCUACAGUGGCAAGCUCAUCUGGAAGGUGACAGAUUACAAGGUGAAGAAGAGGGAGGCCAUGGAGGGACACACAGUGUCCGUCUUCAGCCAGCCCUUCUAUACCAGCCGCUGCGGCUACCGGCUCUGCGCCAGAGCGUACCUGAACGGCGAUGGGUCUGGGAAGGGGACUCACCUGUCCCUGUACUUUGUGGUGAUGAGGGGUGAGUUUGACUCACUGUUACAGUGGCCGUUCAGGCAGAGGGUGACCCUGAUGCUUUUGGACCAGAGUGGCAAGAAGAACCACAUUGUGGAGACCUUCAGAGCUGACCCCAACAGUAGCAGCUUCCGAAGGCCUGACGGCGAGAUGAACAUCGCCUCGGGCUGUCCCCGCUUUGUGUCACACUCCACUCUGGAGAAUUCCAAGAACACCUACAUCAAAGACGACACCCUGUUCUUGAAAGUGGCCGUGGAUUUAACUGACUUGGAGGAUCUGUAAUGUUAACCGAAAAGAAGCACAGGGGGCAGACAACAUCGUUGAAGCCCAGACCUCUAGACUGAACGUGCUUUUGGUGUUGGCCUUUUGCCUUUAAGGUCUGAGUGUUAUCUUUUUCUCCUGGAUCCCGCCCCAGUGUGAAACUUAAAACUCUUAGACUAUUGCUGUUAUUUAUAUUUUUAUAUUUUCUGAAAAUUAUAAUGAUCUUGACAGUAA